CAUGAAAAAAACGAGAGAUAUGAUCCCAAUUAAUAAUCGUAAAUUAUUAACUAGAAUCUCUAUUAAAUGUCCUUCUAAGGAUAGACUAGACCAUUAAAUAGAAAUCAACUCAAACUAUUAUGCAAAAGAUGUUAUCUAAUCUCUUAAUAAAUAGUAUUAUUCUUAAAAGCUACCGAUAAUUAGCGGCAUAUAACAAUAGGAUGAGGAGUAUAUUUAAGAAAAAAUUCCUCAAAGGAAAGAAACUCUAGUAGUUAUCUCAAAAGGUCACAACAUUAAGCUUUGAAAAAAG